GCCCCUCCCGCCCCGCCGCUCCCGGUCCCGUCCCCGCCGCUCCCGCCGCUCCCACCGGGACCCGGCGGCGCUUCCCGGCGAUGUGACCCUUUCCCGGGAAUACCAGCGAUCAUGGCUGAGCCUUCUGUUGAGUCUUCAAGCCCAGGAGGUUCAGCAACAUCUGAUGACCAUGAAUUUGACCCAUCAGCUGAUAUGCUGGUGCAUGACUUUGAUGAUGAACGGACAUUAGAAGAGGAGGAAAUGAUGGAAGGAGAAACAAACUUCAGAUCUGAAAUAGAGGAUCUUAACAGGGAGAGCGACAUGCCCAUCCAGGAGCUGCUGAGCCGCUACGGCUACGAUGGCACCGUGCCCCUGCAGGAGGAGGAGGAGGAGGAGGAGGAAGAGGAGGAAGAGGAGGAGGGAGAAGAUGAUGAUGAUGUUGAUAACGAUGACAACAGUGGCUGCAGUGGGGAAAACAAAGAGGAGACCAUAAAAGAUUCCUCAGGGCAGGAAGAUGAGACCCAGUCCUCAAAUGAUGACCCAGCCCCAUCUGUUGCUUCUCAAGACCCCCAGGAGAUCAUUCGCCCUCGGCGGUGUAAAUAUUUUGAUACAAAUAGUGAAAUAGAGGAGGAAUCUGAAGAAGAUGAAGAUUAUAUUCCCUCAGAAGACUGGAAAAAGGAAAUCAUGGUGGGCUCUAUGUUUCAAGCUGAAAUUCCAGCUGGCACCUGCAAAUACAAAGAGAAUGAAAAAGUGUAUGAAAAUGAUGAUCAGCUGCUCUGGAAUCCUGACUUUUUACCAGAGGAUAAAGUCAUAGAAUUCCUAAAUGAAGCCUCGAGGCGCACGGGAGAGGAGAAAGGCCUGGAUGCAAUUCCUGAGGGAUCCCAUAUUAAAGACAAUGAGCAGGCAUUGUAUGAACUGGUGAAGUGCAAUUUUGAUACUGAGGAAUCAUUACGAAGGCUGAGAUUUAAUGUCAAAGCAGCCAGAGAAGAAUUAUCUGUUUGGACGGAAGAGGAAUGCAGGAAUUUUGAACAAGGGCUGAAAGUCUAUGGCAAGGAUUUCCAUGUGAUUCAGGCAAACAAGGUGCGGACCCGCUCCGUGGGGGAAUGUGUGGCCUUCUAUUACAUGUGGAAGAAGUCGGAGCGUUACGAUUUCUUCGCUCAGCAGACCCGUUUUGGGAAGAAAAAAUACAACCUGCACCCCGGGGUCACGGAUUACAUGGAUCGGCUCCUGGAUGAGAGUGAGAGUGCUGCUUCCAGCAGAGCUCCGUCCCCUCCGCCCACCGCCUCCAACAGCAGCACCAGCCAGUCCGAGAGGGACGACAGCACCACCAGCAGCAGCAACCAGAACGGUGUCUCUGCCAACGGCCCAGGGGAGGUGCCAGGGAAAGAGGAGGCAAAGCUCGAGGGAUUGCACGUGAAUGGACCUUCCAGUGGGAAGAAAACACCUCACACGGAGCUGGAUACCAAUGGGUAUGAACCUGAAAACCUCUCCAUUGACCCCAAACUUGCUCAUUCAGCUUCAAGGAAUGACCCUGAGCUGGAAGAAAAGAGUGAAAGACCUCUGAAAAGACGGAGAAUUAACAGCAAUGGGAAGGAGAGUCCAGGUGCUUCAGAGUUCUUCCAGGAAGCCAACUCCCACGGGAAGCUGGAGGAGCUAGAAACUUUGGAUGACUGAGUGCUGGGAGCUGAUUUUAUUCCUUGGAGUAAAUUUUGGGUGUCUAAAAUUUUCAGGGUUGAUGGGUUACCUUACAAAAUCCAGUUCCAUAAACAAUCUGAGAUUUUUUUUUUGUUUCCUGAGACCUUCUAGUUGGCUCUAAAGAUCUGAUGAUUUGGUGGUUUUUUUAGUGCUGAAAAGCAGCAGGAGAAUAUUGAAUUUCUCAGAGCUGGCAGCUGCAGUUCUGGGAUAAAAGGCCCUUAAACAUUUGAGGAACAAAGCAGAGAGUUGCUGCAAAAAUACUCCCAGCCUAAUACAUUAAAGAAUGUGUUAAUACAGCAUUUAAUGUAUAAUACAGCAUUUAAUCAGUGUACAAGUGAACAAAGCAUUUGGGGCUUUGCAGGAAGUGAAAAUAAAACAGGAAAAGCCAAGACAGAGCAGGCACAGAGACUUCCACUCCUGCUGGAGAGAGGAAAAUGUCAUCCCAUCAUUAAGGAACCCUCAUGAAUCCUGAAAGUUAUGAGCACAACUAUUUUUAUAUAUAGAAGUUUUAAAAGGUAAAUAAAUAAACCAGGUCAGGUUUGUCUAUGUAAAAUUGUUGACAUCAGUGAUGUCUUUCCAUAUUCUUUAUCUGGGCUAAAGAAAUACAUUCUGUAUUUUUCCAGAUUCCUCUGUAGCCUUUGAAAGAUUUUUACAGUACUUAUGUCUUGAUUGAACUGUCCUUUCUUAAAACAAAAGCUUGUAUAAUUUUCUUACCUUGUACAGUUGGUAAACUUUUAUGAGAGAGUUGAUACCCUGAGUCUAAUGUCAGCUUCCUUUUAUUUUGCUGAAGUCUUUUCUAAAAAAAAGUACCCAACCAAAAACAAAACAAAAAACAAACAAACAAAAAAAACCCAAACCAAACCAAUGGAGUUAAAAAUUAAUCACCAACGUGUUAAUUUUCUUCCCAGAAACUGGUAAAUAAUUAACAUAAGAAUGGUUAGAAGGCAUUUGAUGAUUUUGGAAACGUGGUUUUUUUUUUUUCCUUGUUUUGUGGCAAAUAAUGAUGUUUAAAUUUUUGUUAAGCAUGCUGCUUGCAUUGCACACAUUUCCUUGCUUUCUUUCUCCCUUUCCUCACUUUAUUUGGAACUUGGAGAAAUUUCACAGCAGCCAAAUUCUGGAGUUUACUGAACCUUCUUCAAGUUCAGCCGUCCAUUAUCCACUGGUUUAUUUCCAGUCUGUCACCUGCCACGUUUCAGGGAGCACAGCAAGGGCUGGAGUGUGGCUGGACUGGUUGGAAAUGCAGCUGGAAACUGGUGCUGGACUGGAAUUCCUGAGGACCACAGGGAUGGCUUCAGUGGGAGCAGCACACACAGGUCAGAGGUUGGACUUGAUGAUCUCAAAGGUCUUUCCCAACCUAGUAAAUCCUGGGAUUGUGUAUUGGUGCACAGGGAUGCACUCACCUGGAGAAGGGAGAGGAGGAAUUUAAGAUUGAGCUGUGGAGAACUAAUUUCAGUGUGAAAACCAAAAAUUGUUUAUAAAUAAAUGUGGAGGGGGUGAUGCUCACCGUGCCAGCAGCACCACUGAAAAGCUGUGGAUGUAGGAUUUACAUCCAUCAGCCAGGAACAUUUUAAAUCCAAAUUCCUUUUGGUUUUGUUUGGUUUCUUUCAGCCCAGCUCCAGUUCUACUCUGCCAAAAUCCGGGAAAAUUGUUCCUUUGUGUCAUGGAUAACCCUGUGUCCUCCUCCUCACAGCUGUGCUGUUUAUCCUUAACUGGUUCUUUUCUCUUCAAGUUUAUGGUUCCAGUUGAAAUGAAUGGUUUGAAGUGCAUGUUUCAACCCAAACCCCACUGCUGAGGGGUUGGGCUGAUUGGGUUUCUUCUCCACUGAACUUCUCUUGGACUUUGUGAUGAGGAGUGAGCCAAAUCCUCGGGGUGUGGAUGGGUUAUGGAUGGAGGAACCUGCUGUUCCCAGCUCUUCCUGCCAGCCCUGUUCCUGGAGAGGCUCUGGGUGAGGUUCAUUAAUUAAGGCCUGUGUUAAUUAAGGAAUGCAGUGAUUAAUGCCUGAGGCAAAGGUUGCUGUUAACUCUCCCCUCUGGUUAUGAGCAGAACUCCAAAGUUUCCCCUUGGCUCAAAGACGGUUCCACACAAGCACAAUCCUAUUUUCAGUUUUAUUUUGAUGCUCUUUGUUUUUGGUUGCAACUUGGAAAUACUUCCCAAAAAUCCAUAGGAAAGUUUCCCAGUGAAUUGUCUCAGGCUCGUGUGUGAAAUCCAGCACUGUGUAUAUUUUCAGGAAUGUUGCUUUGUUUUUUAUCUUUCCUUUAUUUUUUUUCUUUUGGUGAUAUGUAGAAGAGACCUGACAUUCCAUAAUCCACUAUGUAAUGCUCAGCUAGACUUGGAGAAUAUUUAAUUCUAAUUUACCUUUUGUUUAUGCUGGUGUUUUAUACAAUACUUUGUUCCUGUUUCAAACUGCAGCCACUAGAACUCGAUAAAAGUCAUUGCACUACUAAAGCUACUUCAAACCCUGGAAAUCUGCUAACUUUGCCUUCAUUUUCCAAGCCUUCAGUACAGUUGGGAAUGCAAUCCAACAGGAAAUCCUUGGGCUUCCCAAAGGGUUCAAUGUGCUAUAGGAUGUCCACACACACACAAACCCUGCAGAUCAGUUUGAUACGUUUUUCCCACACAGUAUUUUGCACUGUUAGUAAUUCCCUCCUCUUAUUCCCCUUCCCUGUCUGCAAUUCUGGAAAAGCUUAUUAAAAUAUUUUUAAACUUAC